AUGUCAUUUGGAAGUCCGUUCGACUGCCUACUCGACAUCGUUCCAAUAAAAAACGAAAAAGGUGACGUCGUUCUUUUUUUGGCCUCACAUAAGGAUAUCACUCAUACGAAAAAUCUUCAACUCUGUGAGUUAUACGAUAGUGAUGCGAAUGGCAAUCUUGAUCCUGAAGCUCCUCCAGCGAAUUAUGGCAGAAGAAGAAGUCGAGCCGUCCUAUAUCAAUUGUCUGGCCAUUAUAAGCAGGACAGUAAACAUAAAAUUAAGUUAAAUAGUACCCUACUUCAUUCCGUGGCAGCGCCGCUUCCAGAGUACAAGACCUCAGCGAUUAUGAAAUCCCAAUAUAUCUUAAGCCAUUAUGGGAUUUAUAAGACGUGUUGGGAUUGGUUAAUACUCAUAGCAACUUUCUAUGUGGCAGUCGUUGUUCCUUACAACGCAAGUUUCAUUAAUACAGACAGGCCUACCAUGGUUAGCGAUGUUGUGGUCGAGAGCCUCUUCAUUACCGAUAUUAUUCUCAACUUCAGAACAACAUACGUUAACAGAAAGGGAGAAGUCGUUAGUAACAGUAAAAGCAUUGCUGUGAAUUACUUAAAGAGUUGGUUUUUCCUCGACCUCGUGGCAGCUCUACCUUUUGAUCUACUAUAUGCAUCAGAUGUAUACAGCGGAGAGGAAUCGGGUCAAAGUCAUAUUCACCUGGUGAAAUUGACCAGAUUAUUGAGGCUGGCACGACUUCUGCAAAAAAUGGAUAGGUAUUCUCAAUAUAGUGCCAUGAUAUUAGCAUUACUUAUGAUUUUCUUCACUCUCGUUGCUCAUUGGCUCGCUUGCAUUUGGUAUGUCAUCGCAGAAAAGGAGAGAUUACGAAAUGACAAAGAAUGGGAUCUUGGCUGGAUUCACAUUCUCGCAGACAGACUAAAAAUUCCCGUGCAAAAUGUCACUCGAAUGGAUAGCUAUGUGACUGCACUAUAUUUCACAUGCAGUAGUCUCACUUCAGUAGGAUUUGGAAAUGUAUCAGCAAAUACGACAUUUGAAAAAAUAUUUUCUAUUAUGACAAUGCUUGUAGGAGCCCUAAUGCACGCUGUAGUUUUUGGUAAUGUGACGGCAAUUAUUCAAAGGAUGUAUUCAAGGAGAUCAUUAUAUCAAUCAAAGUGGAGGGAUUUGAAGGAUUUUCUGGUCCUUCAUCAGAUACCGGACGAGCUCAAGCAGAGGAUGCAAGAUUACUUUCAAACGAUGUGGUCACUGAAUCACGGAAUUGAUAUACAUGAGACCCUUAAAGAGUUUCCGGAAGAGCUGAGGGGCGACGUAUCAAUGCACUUGCAUCGGGAAAUUUUGAGCUUGCCAAUAUUUGAAAGUGCUUCUCAAGGAUGCCUCAAACUUCUCUCGCUACACAUCAGAAACAAUUUCUGUGCUCCGGGCGAAUUCCUUAUUCAUAAGGGAGACGCUCUUUCGUACAUUUAUUAUCUCUGUAAUGGUAGUAUGGAAGUUGUGCAAAAUAGCAUGGUUGUCGCCAUAUUAGGUAAAGGAGAUUUAGUAGGCAGUGACAUUCACUCACAGCAUCCUCAACAUGGGGCAAAUGGAGGUCCUGGUAUUGUGGCAACAGAUGUUGUGGUAAAAUCAAGCUGUGAUGUGAAAGCUUUAACAUACUGUGAUCUCAAGUGCAUCCACAUACAAGGAUUGGUUGAUGUACUUCGAAUGUAUCCCGAAUAUCAACAAGUCUUCGCGAAUGAAAUUCAACACGAUCUCACUUAUAAUCUUCGCGAAGGCUACGAGGCUGAGCAAGAAUCAGACAUGAAUGGUCCAUCGUUAACUCUUCCGUCAAUUAGUGAGGACGACGAGAACGUUCCUGAAGAGGGCGAAACGUCUCCUUUGUCACCACCAAAUAGAUCGCCGUUGCAUUCAGCAACGAGUCCAAGGCACGCAAAGUUUAGGGAUAAAUGUAGAGAAGGCAGAAGACCGCUAAAGGGUGUUUUAGUUCGAAGUAGAACAACAGCAGUUCCUCCUCAUGAUAUUGUAGAAGAUCAUAUUCGAGGAUCAGUUGAAAGGCUUGAUACACAAGUUUCGACUUUGCAUCAAGAUGUUACUAUGCUCAGUUACGAGGUGAGGAAUGCGAUUCAAGCCCUGCAAAUCCUGGCGAGUUCACCGCAAAGUAAUCCUAAUCUUCCAAUGCCAGCGGGUAGAUCAGGAAGUGGAGUUCUGGCGAGAAGUUCGUCUCAUCCUCCCGAUGCCCUCUGCUGGAAUCCACCAGCGAGAUUAAUAGAUGUUUGCACACAAACAGACUGGCCCGUUGAUAUUUUGGAUAUUUGGGUUCGGACAGAUCCUCAUCGUGUUCUCAAAAUUUUGGGCCUUGAACCAGAAUCCGUCCUGAGGCUUCCUCCACCCUCGCCUACACCGUCACCAUCUUCCCCUCCGCCACCACCUUAUGAACCUCUUUCUCCAAUUGGUGGAACUCCACCGCAUUCACCAUCUGAUUCACCAGGAAACUAUGGCUUUGGUAACAGAAAUGACAGUCGAGUAAUGUCAAGAGGCUAUCGAGAGUCAUGGGAUUCGGAAAAUAAAGUUUCCCAUCGAUUUAGUGCUGGCGAUGCCGAACAUUCCUCCAAUUUAUAUCAGAACUAUAGUAAUAUUCGACGGCUUCCAGAAACGCGUUCUUUGACAUUUGAUCCCUUCGAUAGCUGAGCAAUAAGAAAAUCAGAAACAACUGAAAGAAAAAGUUAAUUAGAACAACAUGGCUCAUUUACUUUCUUCGCUUUAACAAAAAAAAAAAAAGAAAAAGUUCGUUAAUCGAGACUUGUUGUGUCUGUAUAAAAAAAAAAAUAACUAUAUAUUUUUAAAUUGUCGAAGAAGUGGAUAUACUCUUUGAAUUUGAAUCAGUCACUGAUUGAGUCGAUAAUUUAAUUCGGUGUUAAUUUAAUUUUAGAAUCAUUUGGAAUAAUUAAUAAUCGUUUUAAUUAAUUGUUAGUGGGGAAAUUAGUAAAUUUCUAUUGUAGAUUUUUCGCACAAAAAUUGACUAAAGCGGCAAAUAAUUAUGAAUCGACGAAUUGUCGAAUUAAAAAUUCAAUUGUGAAUUAAUUAAAACAAAAAGUGACGAAUUCAAAUCGAAAGAAUAUAUUUUCUUGAAAAAUAGAACAUAUGCCUAUCUUGCCUACUAAAACUAGGCUCUUUGAGAGUAAGAAAUUGUUAUACCUCAAAUUGAUAUAUAAAAAAAUUUUUGCAAUUGGAUUCAGAAUAAUUAUUUUCUAAUUUUGCUCUUUAACUCCAAUUUUUUCGCAAAUCAUGCGUGAAAAGAGUGAAAAAAGCAUCUAUUGGAAAAUAUAUUUCCAUAUCAGUUCAUCUAUAUAAAAUACUUCCUUAUGAAUAUUGUGUAUAAAAUAAACUGAAAGAAAAUAAUUUAACAUAAUUGUAUGUGAAAGAAGAAUUUGAAAGUUAAUUUUUUUAAGUUUCAAUAUGAAAGACGCCAAAUUGAAACAUUUUUUUAUUGAAUAUUGUUGAAAAAAUAUCAAUUCUAUCACAAAUGUUGAAUUUAUAAUGAUAUAUUGAAAAGUUGUUCUUAUAUAAAUGAAAUUAUAGCAAAUAUUGACUUUCUGCGAUUUAUUCGAUUAUAUAAUUUUUCAUUUACACAAUUUCUGAUAAUUCUUUAAAAAAACUUUUUGUUUUUUAAAAAAUUUAUUGCGAAAUAUUGAGAGCCAAUUUAUCACUGCCGAAGACCGAAACUUUUUCCCAUAUCGAAUUUCAAUAUAUUACGGAAUGGAAAAAAAAUGUUAGACUGGAAAAAUAUUUUUAUUUUUUAAUGUUACUCGCAGUUUUCUACACUGCUCGCAAUAUUUUUAAUUUUGUUACAAUAUUCGACUGAAAUUUUAUACUUUAAAAAAUGUUACAAUACUUUACAAAACUUUUAUUUACAAAAUUUACAAAAUCAGAGGGCAGUAUUUUGAAAUUAUUUUGUGCGCAAUAAAAAUCUCAAUAAGAUAAAGAAAUUUUUAUAUAUUAUUUUCGAUUUUCGACUUUUUUUUUAAAUGUUGUAAUAUUCCAACAAAUGAACAAUGAUCUCAUAUCAAAAUAUAAUAUUUGUACUUCUUAUACAUAUUAAUGAAGAAAAAUCGAAAUUAUUUCACUUGUAAUGUUUAAAUUGAAAAAAAAAAAUAUUUUUUUACAAGUGAAAAGGAAAAUUUUAAAGAAAGCACAAAAAUUGAAACUUCCUCUUGCUAAUAAAAAUAUUAUUAUCAUCGACUCAAGUAUAAAUAAGAUUUUUAAGUAAACUCUAAUGUUGUAAUAUUAAUUAACCACUUUUUAGAACAGAGAUUUGACAAUUUUUUGUACACACUUGGUACUCUUCCUAUCGAAUUUUCAUAUCAUUCCAUAUCAUAGAUUGUAUUUACUGCUGUGAUGGGUUUAGGUAAAUUCACGCUUCAAAUGUUUAAUAUUAUCCAAUAUUAAUUAAUUGAACAAUGAGAAAAAUGUUUCACUUUAAAGCUAAAUUUUUAAUUAUUAAUUUUUUAAAUUUUAAUUUCUAAUUGUUAAUUAAAUUAAAUUAAAUUAAAUUUUUUUUCUCUAAUUAGAUUUUCAAUUAAAUUCUAAAC